ACGUGCGCGAUGACCCAGCUGGACGCGUCGACGGCCCUCGCGCUCGACGCUGCGGCGCCGGCGCCUGCUGAAGGAGCCGUCGGCUGCAACCCGGACGACGGCAGCCAAGACGCCCACGCCCAGCGCCAUGGCGACCAUGGGCAGGAUGGCGAAGCGGACGAGCCCGAGGUCGAGAUGGUGGAGGCCAACGCUGCCCCGACGAACGAGACGACGUCCAUCAUGAUGCUGCUCGCGAAGGCGACGGAAGAGCUGCGACUGCACCCUCGAGACGACGGCAGUGUCGAGGAGCCCGAGACGGUGCAGACCAACGUUGCCGCGACGGAAGAGGUUGAGAACAACCAGCGGCAGCUCUCAGACGCUCCUCAUGACGCGUCGUCCGAAGUUCAAGACCGGCCGAAGAAGCGCGGGCGCGGUCGCCCGAGAAAGGACGCUACGGAAACGCCCGAGACGUCCGAAGAGCCAAAGCCGAAGCGCGGGCGUGGUCGCCCGAGAAAAGACGCCAUGGAAACGACUGCGGUGGUUGUUGCGCCCGUGGGCCACCGGCGCAGCAUGCGCGUGGUCCACAUUGUCGACGACAAAAGCACCGAAGCCCAAGAAGCUACUCCCACCGUCCGUCGGAAGGUUGGACGCCCGCGCAAGGACACAAGCACAUCUGCUGCCAACACAACCAAGCCGACUAAGCUACUGGACCGCAAGAGUCGUCGCUCCAAGAAGGCUGUGCAGCGCUAUGGACACGAAGAUGCCCCCGACAUCGAGUCAUCUCGCGAGAUGAGCGACGGGCACGAGUCGAACCGUUCUGGGAGCGAGUACGAAGUGUCCAAUGACGACGCGUCGGAGAACGAGUAUGCUGCACCGAAACCAAGCAGCUUGCUACCCAGCGGUGGCAAACGCCCCCGAGGUCGUCCUCGCAUCCACCCCAAGAAGCCCGAGAACGUGCCAAAGAAACCGCGCGGUCGUCCUCGCAUCCACCCCAAGGAGCCACCAAGCGAGACGCCACCUAAGCGCGGCCGCCCUCCCAAGAAAGCACGCGUCAACCCAACGCCCGAGUCGCCAGCGCCGACCGACGGCAGUUCCCAGACAAGCGUUGAGCCAAGCGCUGCGUCGCCGAUGUCGCCUCGUCCGACCGUCGAGAACUCCGUCGCUGGCGACCAGUUUGACAUUUGA